AUGCAUUCCGUUGAUGUCUUCAUAAAAGACCUUGGUACUGGCCGGGUUUCUUAUUAUGCUUCUUGGCGAGAUUCAAAUUAUUCAUUAUGCAUUAGAUUGAUUGUUAGCUGCUACCCUCGCACGUUCCUCAAAUCAUCAAAUUGCUACCACAACGUUAUUUAUUGGAAGAGAACCUUCUCAGGAACUGCCAAAGGUAUCUUGUUCUUGGACUGUUGA